AUGCAAGUAGCUGCCAAGUCAGAGACCUGGGGUAUGCCACUGGUAACAAGUCUCUCUGGAAGUUCAUGGAUUGUUAACUUUAAUAGAGAGGUCUAUAGCAUUGAGCCAGUUGGCAAUCCACUGGGUUACAAAGAGCUUUAUAUGGAGUUUGACCAGUUUGUCAGUGAUCCCAGAGAGAUUCACGAAAAAUCUGGGACAGUUGUAGUCAAUACAGAUAUAUUCAUGAAAAUCCCCAAUUGUUGUAUUUCAUUUCAGUCCUCUGUUCUGUCAGUGUGUUUUGCAAGAUUUCAUCCAAACCUGGUUGUUGGUGGGACGUACUCAGGCCAGAUUGUGCUGUGGGAUAAUCGUAGUCACAGAAGAACACCAGUGCAACGUACACCCCUUUCAGCUGCAGCUCACACACAUCCAGUGUACUGCGUUAAUGUAGUCGGAACUCAGAAUGCUCACAACCUUAUCACAGUCUCCACUGAUGGCAAAAUGUGCUCCUGGAGUUUGGAUAUGCUCUCUUUUCCACAGGAAAGCAUGGAAUUAGUGUACAGCAAGUCCAAACCAGUAGCUGUAACUGGCAUGGCUUUCCCAACUGGUGAUGUCAACAAUUUUGUCGUUGGCAGUGAGGAAGGCAUAGUAUAUACUGCAUGUCGACAUGGCAGUAAAGCUGGAAUUGGAGAGAUGUUCGAAGGCCAUCAGGGUCCUGUUACCGGAAUAGAUUGUCACAUGGCUGUUGGCUCAGUAGAUUUUUCACAUCUUUUUGUGACAUCAUCUUUUGACUGGACAGUUAAACUGUGGACCACAAAGCACAACAAGCCUCUGUACUCCUUUGAAGACAAUGCUGACUACGUAUAUGAUGUCAUGUGGUCACCAGUCCAUCCUGCGCUGUUUGCCUGUGUGGACGGAAUGGGGAGGUUGGACCUAUGGAACCUAAAUAAUGAAACAGAGGUGAGACAGAAGCCCUUCCCAAUUAAGAGACAACUUGCCGUUCCUCAUCCUGAUGAAUGGUCUCGUUUUGCACGAACACUGUUGGAGAUCCGUGCAAACCGAGCAGAUGCAGAAGAGGAAGGGGGAGUUGAGCUAACGGCAUAAAGUGAAGCACUUUCCUGACGACAUAGUAAAAAGCACCUCCACUGUGUUACGCGGACCAAACAAAUGUUAAAUUUAGAGCAUUACAAAGGAAAGGAUGGCUGGGCCACCAUAUGUGUCAUUCUUUAUCAGUUCUCUGUUUAUAGAGUUAAACUAGGCUUUAGCUUGGCCUGUAAAUAUAUAGCUUUUUAUUUUUGUGCUACGUAUCUGCCUUGUUCCUAUCCAAAAUAGAGGGUGAGGGAGCUUAACCCCAUGUUGUCUUUUAACUUCGCAGUAGCCAUGUUAAAUGAAUAUAAACCCAUCCUUAAACUUGUAUAUGCAUGCUUCUCUGCCAGAGUCCGAUUAAAUCCAUAUGAGGCCUGAUACAGCAUGAUGACUUGCAGAUGUGGUGUUCUUCAGCGUAGAUGGGACUCGGCCAAGGACUUCAGAUGUGGUGUUUCUCAUGGUGACUUACAUCAUGAAUAGAUGUACUAUAUGGACGUUGCUACUUCUUCUUUAUUAUGCUGUGUUGUAUGGAACAUAUUUGCUUGAAAGCAUUAAAAUAAAUGACCUUAGAGCAUGCACAUAA